UAUCUAGACAGGGUAUAGUUCUUUCACUAGACAUCUUGUGAGUUUGCCGCGCGAAGAAUCAAGAAGAUAGGCGAAAGUAUGCUAGGAUCCAAGGGGGAUUGCCGGCAAAUCGUCAGGAUUCUCCCCAUGUCUCGGCAGCCGUUCCGUUAAGGUUUUAUAAAUGACAUGGACGACCAAAAGCCUUCAAAGUCUAUGGCCGACACAGUAUUCUGUGCCGACGGAGCAUAACUUAAUUAUUCCACUGAGUCAUCCUCGCGUGCUCUUGAGUGGCAAUUCGUCGGUCAAAUCCGACCUGCCACGCCGAUCUGGGCCAUCACCAGAAUGGCAUCAUCCCGUGGUCACACACGACUGUGCUGUGCUUUCGUCUAGCCGGAGUACUGAUACCAAGCCCUCUAGGCUCUCAACCCCCCUGAACCACCUUCAUCGCGUCGCUCGUGGUGGCAAGUACGCUAGGCUCCCCCUGCAGCGACAGUCGUGGCUAGUGUGGCGUGCUAGCGACGCGAAGGAAUGUCUUCCCCGAGAUCGACGACCAAGGAAGCCGGCCUUGCGCCCAGGGGAGGGGGGGUCACUGUGUAAUAUUCUUAGAACAGCGAAUUUCGACGGAGUAAUGUUUCGAAGCACCGGAAACACCUGCAGCUACACAUGUAGUACAUAGUUAGCAAGUAGCAGCUAGCUAAUGGCACGAAC